CGUUCCAUGAAACGUACAGUGGAACCUUGACGUAAAUAUUUUACACACAAAGCUAUUUGCAUGUUCACCUAGACAAACCCGAAAUAUAAAAGCUAAAUAUUUUUACGAUCAAUCAGUCCACUUUCAACUGGGAUUACAUUACAACAUCUGAAAAAUCACGUCCAGGAAUCAGCAACAUGAAUAAAGUUUCAGUGGUGGUAGCCCUCCUGGCCUCAUUGGGCUCAGCGUCCUGCUACCUCAUCCUCGAGGAAGCUCCAAUGGGCUUCCCACCUGCCCUGCCUCCUGGCUACACUGCCUACCCGCCUGCCUACCCCGCUGCCUACCCACCAGGGUACCCUGCCUACGCAGUGCCGGCUCCAGUUCAAGAAAUAGUUGCAGCACCGGCACCUCAGCCAACUUUAGUGUCGCAGAGUUACCCUGUCGGGUACCAGGGCUACUCGUAUGGCACGAAUCUGCAGCCCACAGGAUAUAAUCCAACUGGCUACAAUUAUAAUUACGUGUAUGGUGGCGCGGCGCCGGCGGUCGCCGAACCCGCGGCCUUCGGGCUGGGAGGCUUCCCGUACCCGUACGCGUACACCAACGACUGGUUCUAUCGCAAUAACUGAACUAGCUGGUCGGUAGGUUCUUAGCGUGGCUUGUGUGUGAGUGUGUGAUAUUGUUGUUACCUAAGUUUAAUUCAAGUAAUUAUAUUAUGUCAAUAUUGGUCUACUUGAU